CAAAGCAGAACCUUUCUUUUGCUUUCUCUUAUCUAAUCUAAUUGAAAUUCAAAUCUCCUUAAACCCCUUUUCAAUUUCUCUCUACUCUUUCCUUCCUUCCUUCCAUUUCUUCAACUAUCGUUCUCUUUGUCAUUUACCACCCUAUCAAUGGGUACAUGUUUUAGCAAGAAGAAUGUGUCCUCUACCUCACCCAACAAGUCAGUUUCUCAGCAUAGAAACUCUCAGAACAGUGUCACUGUCAGCUUGUCCAAACCCUCUGAGCCAGAAGUGAGCCUCAAGAACAAGACAGUGCAAGAGAAACAGCCAGCACCACAAAAUGAAGGUGAUGAAGUGAACAAAGAGGUAUUCAUCAUCAAACACAGAAAGAGCCAUGAUGACAGGGAAAGAACCAAAACCCCACCUUGCAUUGAUGGGGUUGUCACCAAUGAAGAGCCAAUAGGUAACAACAAGAUUGCACCUUCCACACCAUUGAAUGUUGGGGUGAGGACUUCAAGCUGCACCAAAGAAGAGGUUGAUGCAAUUCUAAUCCAGUGUGGGAGGCUCAGCAGAAGCUCUUCCACCAGAAAGUACUCAGGCUCAAAGAGAAGUUUUGAUUUUGACAAUGACAAUGACACAACUUCUGCUGAGGAUGGCCAGAGAAAAGGCAAUGGCAGUGAUGAAAAUGAUGUGGCGGCGGCGGCGGCUUCCGAGAGCCGCCGCCACCGCCAGUCGCCACGGCGUUCUCAGGGAAGGAGGAGAACUCCAAGUAGGGAGAGAGAACAAUCCAGCAGCAGAGAAAGGAGAGUGAGUAGAUCUCCUGGUAGAAGAUCUUCUGACACCACUGCAAAUGCAAGCAACAACAACAACAACACAAGUUCUAGGCCUGGGAAAAUGGUGUCUGUUCCUGCCACUGUUUCAUCUUUGGCUAUGGACAAGAGUAACAACUGUGGUGGUGGAGAAUCUGGCACCAAGAGGAAAACUGUUAAGAGGAACGUUGGUGAUGUUGGUUCAAGGGGUGCAGCAUCACCACGUGCUCAGUCUCCUGCUAGAGUUAAUGGUAAUGUGGCAAGUGCUAAAGUAUUGAGUGAGAAUCAGCACCACCAACAACAACCCUCUCUCAGCCGUAAUAACUCUUCAAGGAAAGCAGAACUAUCUCCUUACAGAAGAAACCCUCUGAGUGAGGUUGAUACUAACAUCAAGGUGCAACAAAACAAGCCCAGGAUUGAAGCUGAAGCCAUUCAGAAACCAAAUGGCAAAGUUGCAUUGGAGAAGGGUGUGAGUGUGAAUUGCAAAACAAAGGAGCAACAUGGGGAAGAGUCUUCAGUGCCUGAUAGUGCUGCUAUGAAGAAAAUGGUAUCAUCAUCAGGGGUUGACAACCUUAAACCACAAGGUUUAACAAGAAGCAGAUCUUCUAGAAGAUCUAGAGACUUAGACAUCAAUCCUGAACCUGUGGUGAACUCAUCAAACUCCUAUGCUUCCCUACUCCUUGAGGACAUCCAGAACUUCCAUCAAAAGAACACACCACCACAACCACAACCACAACAACAACCUUCUAUUUCUCUCCCUGCAUGUCUCAACAAGGCUUGCUCUAUCCUUGAAGCUGUUGCUGAUCUCAACUCCACCACCAGCUCAAAUUUCUCUGAGGACAGGAAGAGUCCAUCCACUCAACAAUCUAUUAGGAAUGAGUACAAUCACUAUGGGAAGAAGAAAGUGGCACUUGCCAAGGACCCUUUCAUAGAAUCUGAGGUGGCUGUUAGUGAUGAUGUGAUGGAACCAAGCUUGCACAAGUAUGUGACAGUGAAGAGGGGUGGUGGAAUAGACAUGGAGGACCAAGAGUCUUCAGGAAGCAACAGCUUCACUGUGAGUAGUCAUAGUGGCCAACAUCAUUGGGGCAUUUCUUGUUCCUCAUCAUGGGAACCAAAUUCUGCUGACUCAACAGAUUGCUGGACUUCAAGAUUGAGCACCUUGGAAAGUGAUUUGUCAUGUGAAGCCAAGAAGUGUAUGAGCAACAAAAGUAGAGAGUGUGAUCAUGAACACAGCAGUGGAAUUGGACGUGGCAGGCUUGGUUCCAAUAAGGGUCUUAACAUGUUACCUGCUGCUACAACCUAGGUGUGUGAUGAAGAUGAUGUUCAUAAUAUGUAUUCCACCUUUUAUUUAGUAUCUUAGAUAUUCAACGAAGGUUGCAUUCCUUCUGUUUUGAGUUGCAUACUUGCAACUGUUUCUUGUUUCAUCAAGGCCAAUUCUAGUU